GUUGGGUGUUGGCAACAGUAAUCAGCAGAAGGCACUUAGGGGAUCGGUCAGCUGCGGGCCAUGCUACGCUUUGUGUUGCUGGCGGUUUGUGCCGCCCAGGAGCUGCACAUCCUGAGCAAAGUACCAGAGACGGUGCAGGUUCAUUGGUUACCAGGGGGUGAUGCCAAGAGCCAUCCAAGCGGCGAGCUGGAGCCGGCGGGUGAGGAAGCAAGCAGCUUCAUCAUCAAUACCUAUGCAGGACACAGCUUUCGAUUCCAAGCUGGCACUCUCAGUUCCAAGCCAGUGACCCAUAGCGGAGGGGCCUAUGACUUGGUGAAGUUGUCUCCGGGUGCUGCUGCCCUCACUGCGGAGCUGGUCACUGCAGAUCAGCUUCACAGCUUGGUUGGAGAAAUGUACUCGCACUGCCGGGAAAGGGACUCCGGCUACAUCAAAUGCUGCCACGACUUCCUCAACAAGAGCCGGGGCAUUCCCCCGUUCUUUGCAGACAAGUACAUGAACGCCUUCUCACCGCACAGAUUGAUGCCUAGAGUGGCAGGACGUGGCGACUUCAAAGACUCUAAGUCGCAUAUCCACAACUUGGACGACGAUGGCUAUGGCGGAAGCUUACCUCCGGAUGAGAUGGUUGUUUUGAACAACAUGCCCAUUCCGGUGGAGCUCCACUGGGCUUACGCCGCUGAUGCCAGCGAUCUUGCAAGUGAUACUGCGGUGCACGACACCACCUUAAUCACAGAUGUGGGAUCCAAAUCCUUUGUGCGGAUCACUGGGCAUCCCGGGCAAAGCUUCCUGGCGGUUGCCCAGCACACUAGACAGCCAGUGUCCAAGACGGCACUUUUCAGAUAUCCUUCAGAGCUCUUCGUAGUAAUGAUUUCGGAGUCAAGCAGCGGCAAAGAUGCCAAGCCAGAUGUGGCGAUUUGGGAUCAGGAUGAGCUGAAGAUCAUCCUCAGCGAAUUUGCCAAGAAGUGUGGAGAUCGUUCUCAUGAGGAGCAGUCCUUCAUGGAGUGCCUGAAACAGACAUCAUCCUUUCCUCCGGCUACGAGACUACCAUACAAGAUCCUACAGGCACUGACGGCGUUGUGGUUCCAGCUGCUUUGGACCUCCCUCCAACAUUGGCGCCACUGUGUAUACCUGCCAGACACUGCCCCACUGCGGCACAUCACCCUAGAGUUGCACGAUGGGAGCGGCCGCAAUCGCUCGGUCAAGGCUCAGGUUUUGCGAGAGAAGCCAUUUGUGGUGGGCAUUGCAGGCUUUGCAACGGCAGAGGAGUGCAAAGAGCUCAUUACUUCACAGGAGUUAGAGACGGAAGAUCUCGCAAUGGCCUUCAUUACUGGCGGAGCACACUCCAAGUCACGUCGGACACUCACCCGGAAUCUCUACCCCACUCAUGAGGCUCCUGGCAGCAUCUUUGCCAAGCUCUACACUCGGUUCUUUCAGGCCGCACGCGGCGCAUCAGGCUACGACCUUUGGCCGGAAGGACAAGAGCCUGUGAAUUGGCUUCACUACAAGCCUGGCUAUGAGUAUCGACCUCAUUGCGAUGGUGGCUGUGGAUACGAUCCGGUGACUUUGGGAGCCCGUGUGGCAUCCUCAUUGCUCUACUGCAAUGUGGCAGAGCAAGGUGGGAGCACCAUCUUUACAAAAGACACCACCAAGUUCACUCCAGCAAAGGGCGACUUUUUGUUCUUUGCCUACAAGCAUGAUCCCGACUUUAUGUCGAUGCACGCAGCAUGCCCUGUGUUGAAAGGCGUCAAAAGCACAGCUACACAAUGGUAUCGAGAGGGGGUCUCCGCCGACUACACCUGGGAGCAUGUCCAAGACUUGGGCCAAAGUCAUUCUCCCGAGUUGUGAUGACCCUGAAUCCCUCGGGCGAGAACUCAGCACCAAAGCAGUGUUGAAACCCAUGGAUUUAGACAAAUUGCGAG